UAGUGCUGUUUACGUAAGUGAAGGUAACGCAUGCAUUGCUGAACUCGGGUAGAGCUAUGUGUAGUUAAAACAGUGUAGAUACACAGCAGUGGAAAUACCUGUAGGUAUUUACAGGUGUACGAUUUACACCUAAACAUACGACACAUCUUUUCCUAUAUCACACGACCAAGCGUGCGAUUGGAUUAUCAAAAAGUACUAAAGUGGUACAACGGUUUCUAUUUUAACACAAAGUUUUCAGUGACCGGGGUAUGGCAAGACAGCCCGGACACACUCUACAGUGUCUUAUACUGCUGCUUUCCUGCGUUCGCCUGCGUUCAAAGACAAAUGAGUUAACGUACAUUCACCAGGGGAUAAGAUGUGUGAAGUGUGCACCAGGCACUUACCUCGUUGCUCACUGUGACAAGGAGGACGAAGAUGCCCGUUGUCGACUGUGUCCAAACGGAACCUAUAGUUCCCAAUAUAACAUAGCGUCAUCCUGUGAUCCAUGUAAAUCAGCGUGUGAACAUGUGGAUCUUGUUCCGGUUACCAACUGUACGUACCAGACGAAUAUGGAGUGUGCUUGUCCUGAAGGAAAAUUCAACGUAAAUGCUCAUCUAGACUUGUUCCAUGCCAAGUGUAUGGAUUAUGGAGCAUGUGGUCCUGGAUACGGGGUCAAGUAUAAAGGCACAUCGGUACUCAACACCACAUGUGAGAGAUGUCUGGCAGGGAGGACAUACUCUCCAUCCACGUCGGCGUCAGACAAAUGUCAGAUCUGUACGAACUGUGGACGUUUCAAUGUCAUAGCUGAAUGCAAUGGCACGCACAAUCGAAUCUGUAAGGAAGAACCUUACAAGGUUAUAGUCCCUCCUCAAAGUUCAGACGGACUUCCUAUGACGUACAUAUAUAUUAUCAUUGGAGCAAUAGUAGUGAGCAUUGCUGUUGUUUUGGUGGUAAUGUACCUAUAUAAAGAACAACUGGCAUGUUUUAAUGUACAAGACCAAAGCCUUACCCAAGACGUGUCUACAGUUUUUCCAGCGACGGAAGAGUACCAAAUGAUUAAAAAUAUAUGCGGGUUUGGAGGAUCAUUCGAACCAUCAUUUCCAGGAAGUCCGAUCUCUACCAAUUUACCAAAUCCGCCUACUCCUACAGGUCACCAGCCACCCCAAACUAACCCUGUCCUGAAUUUAAGGAGAAGUAGUGACGUAUGGAGCGACAACGUUGUCAAAAUAAUGAUGGUAUUGAGUGAGAAGUUAAUUACCGCUCAGUCGUGGCAACGCAUUAUUCGUCAACUUUAUGAAGAUUCGGGACUUAAAGGUGAACAGGCUGACACAGAUAUUAAGGUAGCGGAGAUCAGGCACCGUCAUAACCUCCGAGAACAAAUCUACCAAUGCUGUAUCCGUUGGAGUGGUAUGACUGGGGCAUCACCAAACGUAUUGAGCCAAGUAUUGCUGAAGGAAGAUUGUAAAGUUAUUCUGGAAGUACUGCGAGGGACAUUUCCAGAUGUUUUUCGUAUUGAAAGCGCUGUUUGACAAAGAAUGUCUUUCUAAAGAACACUAUAUAAAUAUCUUCAUAUCUUUAAUCUUUUGAGUAAUGUUGGUAGCUUUGAUUUGUUUUAAAGUGUGAACGUUGCAAUGUUCUACGUUAUUUCCUAAAUAACACAUGCCUGUGUAAGAAAACCCCAAAACUGUUAGUAAAAAUAUGACCGAAUCAUAACCAAUCAAACAGUAUUUUAAGUGGUUAAUGGGGGGUAACUCUUUGUUAACAUGUUUUGUUAACAUAUAGAUUGUUUGUAAAUAAAAAUCUGUUUGUAAAUAUUACAUCUGAGAUUUUGCAGAUAGUUCGAUUAUCAUAACCUUCACAGGACUAGGAUAAUUGCGCAAAGAAUCAUCUUAAAAAUAACAAGUAAUAUAACACAGUCAGCAUACAUGCAUAAAUACGAAAUCUGAGCUCAACGAUAGGAAUUUAUGCUAUUCUAAAACAUGAGAAAAUGCAGUAUGAACUCCACAUAAAACUGCUUCAGUAUACAAAAAAGAAAGUUCUCAUGUACUAAAUAUAGUUCAUUUUGCUGCUGUACGCACGUUUUGAAUUCAAAUACUAUAAUGUAUGCACGAGUGUAGCGAAUCAGCUGUGACGUGAAGAUUCAAUCAACAGGGUAGUCUGAAAUGAGGAAACGAAAGUAAUUAAAUCAGUCGUCCUUUCCGUCAAUGGUUUGGUAGUGAAGUGAUCAGUAUUUUUACUGUAGAUGUCAAGAUACGCAGCUUAUAGAACUGAAAAACCACCUUUCAUCAGUAUACACAAUUGUAUAUCAGUUAUAUUAUAGUGCGUAGUAUGCACUUAAUGACCAAAUACCUAUAUCGUUAAGGCUCAACAGGCCCUAUAAAAUAAGUUAUUAGCACCCAAACUGAAUGCUACGAAUUGACAUAUCUAAAUUUCAUUUAAAUACAUUAGUAAUGCUGAGCUUCAAUUUACUUGUACUAGCUGUGAAAAGUCAUCCCAGCUUCAAAUUGAAAUCCAUGCAAAACGACUUUAAUCAUAGUAAAAUUCCCUAUUUAUAUAUUUUAUCAUAUUAUAAUUAAGAAAACAACGGCGAAGUAGCGUCGAUUGAUAAAUGAACUUUAGAUGAUGUCCCAUUUCAUAACAAUAGCCGACGUUAUAGUGCUACUUGACUGAAUAAACCAUGCCUAAGGCACCAAGCAAACCAUUAAAAAAAAUCACAUUAUACUGACAACGGGUAAAAUAGUUGUUGCGAUAACCCUAAAACCUGAAUGCUAAGCGUGGAAUCACAUCAACCAUUUUGAAGGAGUCUGGUAUGUCCUGGCCUGGGGACCGAACCAUUUGCCUACCCAACUUGAGCGAACGCACAGUACUGAGGCCAAAAGUGAGGUAUUGUCAAGCAAGACACUUGGAAACGAAAAAGUUGAUAUGAAGCAGAGAGAAAACGCAAAGAUCUAAAAUAUACAAUUGGCUGAAGCAGAUCAGUUAUGGUGUCCUCAGUGUCCCCUUAAUGGAAGACACAAGUGGGGAAAUCCGGAUACUGCAGGGCCCCCAAACGUUGGGGCAAGCAAAACUUGAGAUACUUUCGUAGCAUUCUGUUUCGUUGCAAACGAGAUUUACAUGUAAUAAGUCUUGGGAACUAUUUUCAUGAGUACACAGCCUAAAUGUAUUACUAAUUGAUACGGUAACAUCCGCUUUGUAUUAUUUUAAUAGCUUAUAUACAAGUUCAUUAUAUCCAAAUUAGAUAAAGGAAAAGCUAUACAUCUUUCACAUUUCAUCACGUUAAUGACGUUGUAAACGCUUGGUAGUUGACUUUCAUGUUCAUCUUAGUUGGGUUAGGUAAUUCUAAUUGUUAAGCGAAGCGAGGUCGACUCGGAUGUCUGUUCAAGUUGCCAACAACAAGAAUAAAAUAUGAUAAUCUACCAUCACGAGUGAGGUGACAGUUUUCUCACCGUCUGUUUAUCAUAUUUUCGAAAAUGCCUAUUUUUAAUGACAAAUGCCUUAUCUUAUAUAAUAUCAUUGUGUUUAUUAUGUUACUCAAUAUUAUAAGGAUACAUAUUUGUAUGACCAAAAUAUAGGCGUUAUGGUUCCUGAUAUUUUUCGUUUCGUUACGGUAUCUCCUCGGUUCCUGUUCCUGCCUUCUCAUAUUGCAAUGGAUUUGCAAUGGAGUUCAAAUGCUUCGUAUGUAUGUGUUUACGGUUAUAUAUAUAUAUAUAUAUUAUACACCUGUAUUAUAUUGUUUUCAUUAUUUCCGAUUUGAUACAAACACCUUAACUUGUAUUUUGUAUAUAUAACUGAAAUAUACAUAUUUCUGUUAUUGUUAACAAUUUACGUUUGUUGACAUAAAUUUGAAAAGAUGUCGACAUAACCUUAGUAUGAGUCGACAUAAUCUAUAUAUAAUUCGCAUUAAUUUUAAAAUGACGUCAGCACAUGUGAGCUGGGGUUCGAUACAAACUAAUAUGCACGGUAAAAAAUAGAUAGGUGACCAAUCAUUUUCCAGGAAUGAUCAUGUGAUGUACUAACGGCUUAUACUUAUAAGGUCUACCCAGCAAUACGCUUUGUUUCGGGUUCCGAAUAUCAGCAAUAUAGCUAUUACAUGUUUUGAUUGCUAGUCGAUGUCACACCCGAGUUUUAUCAUGAUAAAUGGCCGAGUGAACUACUUACGAGAUAUGUGUCUCGACAAAAUAUGUCUUAAAAUAUGGUUUUUUUUUAAAUUUAUAAAUUAUGUCGACAUGCGUAUACCGCAAGCUAUAAAUAAAUGUGUGGCUACGGCAUACAAAAUUGUUAAUAAAAUACCAAAUUAUU